CUCGGACGGGGUCCUGAGGGUGGGUGUCAUGGCUCCCACUCCCUGUUAUAAGACAACCAGUCUGCCUGCUGCUCUACUCCAGCUGUCACCUCCUCCACUCCACUACCACCUCUUACACACUCCCACUCCACUACAACCAUCAUAUUGACCACCUCAAUGGCCGCCCCGGGGCUUUUUGACCUGGAAUUACAAGAGGAAGAUGCAAUAGAGUGUGACCAAUCUGACGACGAUGCUAUAGAAAUAGAGGAGAGCCAGUACGAGCAGGGGCCAGACAUUAAUGCCAUUCUCCAGUCCGAGGGCAUAGAGACAUUACAGCUGUCAGACAGCACCGUCAACCCCAGGUCAGAGAAGGUACGACCCUCAGACUUUCAGCUGCUGAAGGUCCUCGGCAAAGGCGGCUAUGGGAAAGUCUUCCAGGUGCGAAAGAUGACUGGGGGUAAAGGCGGAGGGAAGAUAUUUGCCAUGAAGGUCCUGAAGAAAGCAACAAUCGUGCGUAACCAGAAGGACACAGCGCACACCAAGGCUGAGAGGAACAUUCUCGAAGCCGUCAAGCACCCGUUCAUCGUGGACCUGGUGUACGCAUUUCAAACCGGUGGGAAGUUGUACCUAAUAUUGGAGUACCUGUCUGGUGGAGAGCUCUUCAUGCACCUGGAGAGAGAAGGAAUCUUCAUGGAGGACACUGCUUGUUUCUACAUAGCGGAGAUAAUCCUGGCACUGGAGCACCUCCAUUCUGAAGGCAUCAUCUACAGGGACCUGAAGCCGGAGAAUAUUCUUCUUGACUCUUACGGUCAUGUUAAACUCACCGAUUUUGGGCUUUGUAAAGAAAAAAUACAAGACGAUUCGGUAACACACACCUUCUGUGGCACCAUCGAAUACAUGGCGCCAGAGAUCCUGACACGCACAGGACAUGGCAAGGCCGUCGACUGGUGGUCCCUGGGAGCGCUCAUGUAUGAUAUGUUAACUGGAGCGCCUCCGUUCACUGCUGAGAAUCGAAAAAAGACAAUAGAGAAGAUAUUAAAAGGCAAGUUGAACCUUCCGCCUUAUGUUACCCCAGACGCACGUGACCUCAUCAGAAAACUGCUCAAGCGGCAGGUGAGCCAGCGGCUGGGCAGCGGACCAGACGACAGCGAGCCCAUCAAGCGCAACCUCUUCUUCAAACAUAUCAACUGGGACGACGUCAUCAACCGCAAGCUGGAGCCUCCGUUUAAACCCGUCCUGAGUGGUGAGGACGACGUCAGUCAGUUCGACAGCAAGUUUACCAAACAGACGCCAGUUGACUCACCCGAUGACAACAUGCUGAGUGAGAGUGCUAACAUGGUCUUCGAGGGAUUCACGUAUGUAGCACCAUCCGUGUUAGAGGAAAUGUCGCGUCCCAGUGUGGUGAAGGCACGGUCGCCACGCAAGCCGUAUGUGCCCAACUCCGGGGGUCCGUUCUCCCCCAGAGCCUUGCAAAACCCCUUCAACUUUGCCAACGGUGCUGUCAGUGCGUCGUCGUCGACCGGCCAGUACGAGCAGAUGGACAUUAGCAACUCGGUGCAUCCAGUGGCGCACAAUCAACAACAGCAUCACCACCACCACAGCCAACAGCAGCAGCAUCGACAACAACAACAGCCACCGCAACAACAACAACAGUCCUCCUGGAACUGGAAACAUUAACCUCAUAGCAUUUAGGAGAUUGUACUUGGUAGCUCCCUUCCAUACUGUUGAUUUUCCUGCUCACGGCAUUGAGCUUGAACCUGCAUUACUUCCACGCAGACACAUCUGAUGCCUCCGGUUCGACCGAAACUCGAAGAGCUGUAAGAGAUGUUUAAUCGCGAACAUUUUCAGUUUAUCGUUGCUGGGUCAGUUUUUAUGCAAGAUGCUUAAAGACCUGUGCAAUUCCCUCCGACUAACGGUCAAUGGAGAGUAUUCUCGAGGCGAUAAGGAUGAUUGUCCUGCAGUAUCGCGUAGCAGGAAAAGGUCUUAAAGUAUUUUAGUGCCCGUUUUUGCAUAUUUUGGUUUAGGUUAUGUAUCGGUAAUGUAAGUAACGGCGGGUGCCAUCAUUAAUAUUUAUCAUGGCAUCGCUUACAGUUAUGUGAAUAUUUGAGUAUUUCAUGUACUGGGCCUUAUACAUACUCUUAAGAUAGCCAAUACAGUAUAUAUAAUGAAUUAUGUUGGUCGCGUUAGGGUAUAUUAAAGUUCCUUUUCCUAAACACUUGUAUACAGUACUUCAGACAAGACUAAUGUUCAUUAGGAAGCUUCUUGCUACUAACAUUAUCUGUCAUCUCAUUAUUGCUACCCUCAGCCUCUAAAUUCUCUAGUCUCGUGUUUUUUUCCACAUUGCCUCAUACUUUUCACAUAGCUUCACCUUUAUCACAGUCACCCUUUUCACAUAGUUUCACCCUUUUCACAUAGUUUCACCCUUUUCACAUAGCCUCACCCUUUUCACAUAAUCUCACCCUUUUCACAUAGCCUCACCCUUUUCACAUAGCCUCACCCUUUUCACAUAAUCUCACCCUUUUCACAUAGUUUCACCCUUUUCACAUAGCCUCACCCUUUUCACAUAGCCUCACCCUUUUCACAUAGCCUCACCCUUUUCACAUAGCCUCACCCUUUUCACAUAGCCUCACCCUUUUCACAUAGUUUCACCCUUUUCACAUAGCCUCACCCUUUUCACAUAGCCUCACCCUUUUCACAUAGCCUCACCCUUUUCACAUAGCCUCACCCUUUUCACAUAGCCUCACCCUUUUCACAUAGUUUCACCCUUUUCACAUAGCCUCACCCUUUUCACAUAGCCUCACCCUUUUCACAUAGUUUCACCCUUUUCACAUAGCCUCACCCUUUUCACAUAGCCUCACCCUUUUCACAUAGCCUCACCCUUUUCACAUACUCAUUCUCCUCCUCUGCAAAAGUACACGUUUUUCAGCCUGGAUCUCUCCGUGAUCACCUCAGUGUACCAAGUCACAAGACGCUGUGAUGCCACGUUCUGGACUUGUUUUUAAUUGUGUCUUCACACUGGCAAAUACAUACAUGUCUUUUAUGUAUAUUUGUAAUUGACGUGAAGCGUGAAAAUCUGAACACAAAGUAUGGCUUUGUAACUAUGGUUGUGACGGAGGUGGAAGCCUUAAUUUUCCAUGUUAAGGCUGGAUAAAGCCGUGUUGGUUGAAAUGGAACAUAAGGCGGUCAGUGGCAAGAUGCUCCCCAUUUCACUGAUUCUCUGGUAUUUUGAUUCUUCGUUGUUCUCAUGGCCAAGUCGUGAGAACAGACGGGCCCCCAUGUACAGGCACAGAUUACAGACGUCCAUUUGUAUUAGCGAAGCAUUUAGGACCUGAUUAGUUUUUCAACUCUGAGCCAUCAAACAAAUGUGUAAAAUGUGAUCAUCCUUCAUGUUAUUGGUCUCGAAUAAUUGUUUCUGAGUUGAUAAACCAGGAAUUGAAUGCAUUUGCAAGUUGAUAGACCAAGAACUGAACUCGUAAACCGCAAGCACCGGAACAGAACUCGUGGGUUUAAAAAUCGGGAACUGAACGUGUAGUUGAAAACUCCAGAACCGAACCUGUUCGUAAUCUGAAAACUCCAGAGCUAUACUCGUUCGUCAACUUAAAAACCUGGACCCAAACUCGCUUAUAAGACGGGAAGCUAAUGCAUCAACAUUUUCUGGUGGUCUGGUACACCGAAGCUGAAGAUGAUCCAGCAUCUUUCUCUCACCUACAACAGAAUAUAUAUCCAUCAAAACACAUUUAUAUAUACUGUAUAUAAAGAAAAACUUCAUUUAUGCAAUUAGUUCGCUAUACCAGUUCAUAAAUAUGGAUUUAUCAUAGGAAAUUAGGAUUUUUUCCACUAAUUGUGCCAUUUUAAGUGUUUUUGAAUUGGAUAUUGUACAUGAUUAGGUCGGCUCUUUGUGUAUUUUCCACAGCUACCAUUCUGGCUUGCCUUAUAUGUAGGUGAAGCGCUUGUCUUCUGCCAGUAUUGUUAUUGGAGAAAUAAUGAGAAUUAACGUAUUGUAAUAUGUAGUGGCUGAUGAAGGCUCUAUUUCAUGGGAACGUUUUUAAAUGUAAUGGACGGUAGGGGAGGACAUGUGUCUGUGAGUGUAGUUCGGAGCUUUGAGGAGUACAUGGCUCUCUUGCCAUGAGGGUGCAAUUACAAUGGAUGGCAGUAGGGGACAUGUCACCAUGAUUAGAUAGAGACUUGGAGGUGUUCAUGGCCAUCUUGCCAUGAGGGUUUAGAUACAGUGGGCAGUAGUAGAGGAUAUGUUGCCAUGUUGGAGGUUUUGAGGAGUACAUGGCUGUCUUGCCAUGAGGGUAUAAAUACGGUGGACGGCAGUAGAGGACGUGUCGCCAUGACUAGUUGGAGACUUUGAGACAUUCAUGGCCAUCUUGCCAUGAGGGUUUAAAUACAAUGGAUGGCAGUAGAGGACAUGUCGCCAUGACCAGAUGGAGACUUCGAGGUGUUCAUGGCCAUCUUGCCAUGAGGGAUUAAUACAAUAAGGAGCGACAGAGGACAUGUCGCCGUGACUGUAUAGUUUGUGGCCUUGACGACCCCAUGGUAACCUCGCCAUGAGGGUUCGUGUUUCAGCGACGAGACUUUUGGAUUCGUCGUUUCGGCGACGCGUUUCUAACUACAGUUUUUUAACAAAUUGAUUUGUUGUUGUUUGAAUGAAUGACUAUAUAAUUUUGUAAAAAAAAAAUAUAAUUGUUUUUCGUUGCUUAUGUUAUAAAAAUCUGCAUUCCCAAUGCAGCAAAAAAUUAUGCAAUUUUUUUAAUACUUUGAGCUGAAUGCAAUUUGUUGUAUUAUCUAAGACUGAAAAAUAUAUCGUGAAAGGUGAGAAAUCAUUUGGACUGAAAAUCGCUCCUAAAAAAAAAAAAAAAUCAUUUGGACUGAAAAUCGCUCCUAAAAAAAAAAAAAAAUCAUUUGGACUGAAAAUCGCUCCUAAAAAAAAAAAAAAAAUCAUUUGGACUGAAAAUCGCUCCUAAAAAAAAAAAAAAUCAUUUGGACUGAAAAUCGCUCCUAAAAAAAAAAAAAAAUCAUUUGGACUGAAAAUCGCUCCUAAAAAGAAAAAAAAUUACCUGUAGAAAAAUUUAUGUAUUUUUUAGAUUGAUUUUUUACGAGCGAUUUGUUAAAAAUAAAAAAUUUUUUUUUUUUACAAGUGAUUUAUUUUUUAUCGGUGAUUUAAUUAUUUAAAGUGACGAGUCUUAAAGAAUAAAUUGCUCUUAAAAAAAAAUAAAUCACUCCUUAAAAAAUAAAUCUUUCUUAAAACAGAAUGAUGUAUCUUUAAAAAUUUAUACAAUUGAACUGCAUAAUUGACCCGGCUGGGUUCUGAAGCUGUGGACAAUAAAUUCCACAUGGCUGAAAUGCAGUAGGCUCUCUUAUGAAGCUCCUUUCUAUACAGUAACCUCUAGGCUGUUGUAUAUACUACUAUUUUUUUUCCAAAUGCAGGCGAAAAGAAUGUCGAAUUGAAUAGGCCUAUUCAUGUACUGUUCAAUUUUGGCUGUAAUUGUUUUCGGUCGCAUUUGCGAAAAUGGCACACUCUAGAGGAGCUUUUAUGAGGUUGACUGUAAUGCCAUUUUCUGUUAAUUUGGUUGAAAAUACUCCAUUUGGGUUUGACUAGCACAUGAAAAGGCCUUCAUAGUGCAUGCUAUUCAAUUUUCAAUGCCCCUUUUCAAUCCUUAUGAAAAAUGGCACUAGAGGAGCUUAAUAAGCGAGGUGACUGUAUUUAAAUGUCCCUUGGCCAUUUAUCCUUUAAACAGUUCUUCACCCUACUGAAUAUUGACAAGUCACUAGGUACACUAUCUAAAACACACGUCAGUAGGUCCACCAUCUAAAACACACGUCAGUAGGUACACCAUCUAAAACACACAAGUCACUAGGUACACCAUCUAAAACACACAAGUCACUAGGUACACCAUCUAAAACACACAAGUCACUAGGUACACCAUCUAAAACACACAAGUCACUAGGUACACCAUCUAAAACACA